GCACAUAAACUCCUUUUCUCUCUCUCUCUACCAAUUAACUCAACGACAAGUUUCCAUCUCUAUAAAACCACACAGACCCAUUUCACUAUCUCAUCACAAGCUGCCCCUACCACCACGCUACUUAGCUACCUCCACACUCUCACUCUUGGAAAGAGAGAGAGAAUCAGUAACAGCAACCGAUGAUGGAGUCAGACUCCGAGAACAAGUGUGAUCUUGUUCACGAACCAACCUACACGCCGACAAAGCUUCCUCUCUUGAUCUCACGGCCAAACAUGGCGGCGGACACUCCUCCUCCGCUGUCGCCGCCGCAGAACACGAUUUCGGUUCCUUUCAAGUGGGAGGAAGCACCGGGGAAGCCCAGGUAUUCCCACACCGACUCGGAGCCCGACAACAGUGUUAAAAAAACACUGGAGCUGCCUCCCAGGUUGUUGUUUUUGUUGGACACCAACGUCGACGGGCCUUCUCCUACAACCGUCUUGGAUGGGCCUUACGUGGGCCGAGCCGUGUCCUUCACCACCUCCUAUAGGACUCCCAGGGGUUACUGGAAUUCCAACUUUGGGUCCUCGAGGUGGGGCGGCUACAAGAAGAUUACAACCGACGACGGCGAGGGCAGUUUUGACUUUUCACCUCACUGUUCUUCUACUACAAUGUCUAACGUGAAGAUCACAAGGGUUCCCAGAAGAAGAACCUUCUGGACUCUCUCCAAGCAAAGGUCACAGUUAUGGGCAAGCAUUUAUGAAAGCUUUAAGCAAGUGGUCCCAUGGAAACGCAAGCAACAAACGCAGAAAAAAUGUGCUUCCAAAUUCGACACUGUUUGAUCUUCUAGAUUUUUACUUCUGUCAAAUCUAGUUAUUUCACAAAUUCCUUCUCACAAAAACAAGGCCAUUUAGUGUAUAAAUAAACAAAAUAUUUUAC